UGCUUGACAGGUUAUCAGCAACUAGAGAGACGCUGAACAACCCUUCUUGGGCGUUAUUGGUGCAAACCGCGUUCCUAGCGGGAAUCAACCUGCAAACAAGUUACUAUACAACAUCAAGUGAUAUGGUGAAUUAUAGAGUGGGAGGAGUAGCUAUGGCUGAGGUCGAGCUAGAUAUACUUACAGGAGAACAUGAAGUAAGGAGAGUUGAUAUCAUUGAAGAUGCUGGAACAUCGCUCAAUCCGACACUUGAUAUUGGACAGAUCGAAGGCGGAUUUAUAAUGGCUAUGGGGUACUGGACCACGGAGCGAAUCAUAUACGACGAGGCCUCCGGAGAGUUGCUCACGGACCGUACGUGGCAGUACCACGUGCCGAGUGGGGCCGACAUACCCCUUGACUUUAGGGUCAAGUUGAGAAAGAAAUCAUACAAUCCCCUUGACGUUUUGGGCGUAAGAGGGGUUGCAGAACCUCCGUUAUGCUUGGCGAUAUGCGUGGCGUUUGCUCUGAGGGAGGCCAUAGCGGCAUCUAGGCAGGAGACAGGGUUUCCGCGCAGGGAGUGGUUCCACGUCGAUGGCCCAUUCACAUUGGAUGAAAACGUACUAUCAGCAGACGUGCGACUUGAUGAAUUCAGAUUCAAAUAAAGACAAUUAAACACUAAACUAAUUCACGGUGACCAAUUCAAGAAUAAUUA